AUGGAGCUACCGAAAGGAGCCAAAAUAACGCAUGCCGGUCUGCUGCAACAUACGCCCGAUGGCAAGACGGAACUACAGAAGAUCACCCAGGCGGGGCUGGUGGCCCGCUCGCCGGAAGGGACGGCGGCCAAGGGCAUGAACAUCCGCGGCAACGAAGACCUGUGGGUCGAGAUCCAGGCCAACACCUUCAAGAACUGGGUCAACGAGCAUCUGCGCGAGUCCGGCUUGCAGGUGAUCGAGUUCCACGAGGACUUUUGCGACGGAACACUACUGUGCGCGUUGGUGGAAGGUUUACAGAAGCGCCCGCUCAAACCGUCGUGGAACAAGCGGCCAGCGAACCAGCACCACUUCCUGGAGAACGUCACCACCGCGCUGAACGCGAUCGAGGCGGACGGUGUGAAGCUGGUCAACAUUGGCAACGUCGACAUCGUCAAUGGAAACGUGAAGCUGAUCCUCGGGCUGAUCUGGUCGCUCAUCGUGCGCUACCAGAUCGGACGCAGCAAGUUCCCGCCGCGGAAACUGAUGCUUGCCUGGCUGCAGGCCGCCCUACCCGACUGCCGGGUGAGCAACCUGACGACGGACUGGAACAGUGGCGUGCUGCUGUCGGCCCUGCUGGACUACUGCGAGCCCGGGCUGUUCCCGCACUGGCGUAGUCUGAACGGGAACGAGUCGGUGCGCAACUGCGAGCGGGCGAUGAACCUGGCCUACGAGCGGUUCGGCAUCCCGAAGGUGCUGGAGCCGGAGUACCUGGCCUCGCGGUGGCUGGACGAGCUGUCCGGGAUGACGUACCUGUCGUACUUUAUGCGCCCCGGCGGGCCCGGCUACAACGCGACCAUGAAGUGGGUGAACGGUCAGAUCAGGCGUCCCGUUACCAACUUCACGACCGACUUCAACGACGGAAAGGUGUUCUGUGAGAUCAUCAAGGACCUUGGUGGACCCGUCCCGGACCCUGCCAAGCUCAGCUCUGAUCCGUCGCAGUGGGAAAACAACCAGCAAAAGGUGAUAGACGGUGGGCUGAAGCUCGGCGUGAAGCCCGUCCUGGCGGCGAAGGAUAUGGCCACCGCCGACGAGGAGCAUCUCGGCGUGAUGGCGUACACGACGUGGCUACGCUGGGUGAUCCCGAGGCCUCCGCUGGCGAACAUGCUCACCGUGCACCUCGAUAGUACCUCGGGCAGGGUCGGUGAGCCGACCAACUUCCGCGUCGAAGCCCUCUCGCGCGAUGUCGACCUGGCGAAGGUGCGGGCGUACAUCAGCAUGCCCAACACGACCACGCUGCACCCGGUGAAGUUGGGCCCGCGGGGCGAGGGCUCGUUCGUACCGGACAAGUACGGCAUGCACGAGAUCGUACUCGAGAUCGAUGAUAACCAACUUGGUGGACACUUUUUCCGAGUACUCCCAAGGCUUGUACACGUCGCACCGCCCGGUAUGGCCCCGUGCGCCCUCGGAAGCCUUGUGGAAGUGCUGGUCAACGCAACCGGUGCGCCGAAAACCGAGGACAUUCUCGUUACCGCCUACAGUCCUUCCGGGCGUCCGCUAAAGUGUCCGUUGAAGAAGGUAGAUGAAGGACAUAGUGCCAUUUUCAAGCCGGAUGAAGCCGGCGUUUGGGAAAUUGCCAUAACCUACCAGGGACGCCACAUCCAGGGCGGUCCGUUCACGUGCGCCGUGUUCGACCCGAGCGGCGUGUCCGUGCACGGGCUGGACGGUGCCAUGCCGCUGCGGGCGCACUCGUUCGAGGUGGACGCCCGGGGCGUGGGGGUCGCCGGCGAGCUGCACGUCGACAUCGUGCACGAGAAGCGCUCGCUCGUGUGCUCGGUCGAGAGGCUGCAGGAGAACAAGUACCAGGUGACGUUCAUGCCGCGGGCGAACGGCAAGCACCGGGUGUACGUGUACUUCAACGGGUACGACGUGAAGGGUUCGCCGUUCAUCAUGAAGGUCGGCUCGAAGGGCCGCUCGGGGAAGACGCGCACCAGCCCUCAUCAGCACGACGGCAAGCUGCGCUCCGAAAGCCCGUCGUACCACUUCAACUCGUCCUCGUUGACGCGGAAGGCGACGGAGAGCUCGAGCGCACGUCGGGACAUCUACUCGCCGCAACCGCCGGCCCCGAAGUCGGGCUCCCGGUCGCCGCAGGACUACGAGAAUAGCUUCCUGCGCAAGGAGACGUACACGAGCCGGGUUAUGUCGCCGGCCCGGCACAGUCCCUCGCCGAAGUUGCUCUACUCGACGACCGAGCCGGACUACGGGUUCCGGCGCAGCACGGAACUGCUUGCGCAACGGCGUGACUCGGACGAGCUGAAGAGCCCGGUCCGGGACGAAGCGGGCUUUAACUCGUACGUGAAAACGAUCCGCACCGAGAACCACACCACCAAGACGGUCCGCUCGACGAUGCUCGACUCGGAGAGUCCCACGAUCGCUCAUAUACGAGCCAGCCCGGGCCUGAAGAGCCCUCAGACCGUGUCGGCCACGUUGCACCACGAUGCUGGGCUGCGGGCCAACCGUACGGCGAGUCCGAAACCGCUGAUCACGACCACCACCACGACCAGCACGCGCUACAUCCCAUCGCCCGUGCUGGAACCGGUCCGGGUCGCCAGCCCGAUCGCGAUGCACGAAAAGUCCAACGGCACCUACAAGGUGACCGAGCGCAACUCCACCUACAAGUCGACGGUGACGCGCGACCUCGUCUGCGACAGCCCCACGUUCGAGCGCGUCCUGCGCAGCCCGCCGUCCGCCGCAAACAACACCUCCACCACCACCGUCGACUACUCGUCCAACAUCAAGGUGAACGCGGGUGCCAACGGGGGCGGCCAGCCCUCCCGCCGCGACAGCUACGACGUCAUCAACAAGACCAAGCAUCUGUUCUCGCAGAACUCGCUCGAGUCGCUGGCGAACCUGACCGAGCGCCAGCUCAACACCGACCUCACCUACGACCGCUCCACGCUCGACAACCAGACGGAGAAGAACACGCACUUCAACAAGUUCUCGCUCGGCACCGACCGCCCCAAGCCGACGCUGAUCGACGACGAGGGACUCUACCGGUCCGGCGGCUACCUGAAGAACUACCGCACGGAGUCGAACGAGCGGUUCGAGAAGUACAGCACGGCGCAGCUGAAGAGCGGUGGCAGCUUCGAGCCGAUCGGGCGCGACGUCAGCGGGGCGCGGGCGAUCCGUGUUCAGGACAUCCCCGACGGAGUACUCGGCCGUCCGGUGGAGUUUGAAAUCGAUGGGUCGCAGGCUGGCUCGGGAAACCUGGAGAUCCUCGUCAACGGUGGACGCGUGACGUCGGCGGUACGAGCCCUCGGCAAUCAGCGGUUUAUAGCCAGCUUCACGCCACACGAGUCCGGCGUGCACACCGUGCAGAUCACCUUCAACGAGGAAACCGUUCCCGGUUCGCCUUGGAAUAUCAACAUAAUGUCGUCGCCGGGGCUCACGGCACUCGGUGAGUCGACGCGGCUGGUGCCGGCCAACCUGCCGGCGGUUUUUGAGGUGCUGCCGCCCCCGGGCGCCUCGAUCCGCGGCAGCGACUGCGUGGCGACGGUCCUGUCGCCGAGCAAGACGAAGGUGUCGGCGCGCGUCACGCACGAGUCGGCCAACGGCGCGCUGCGGAUCGAGUUCGUCCCGUCGGAGGUCGGCACGCACAUCGUCGAGGCCGCGAUCGGCGGCACGUCGCUGGUCGGCGGCCCGCUCAUUGCCAAGGUGUAUGACUCGAGCCUGAUCCAGGUGACGGACGUGAACGGUGGCGUCGUCGGCCAGCCGUGCCAGUUCCGGGUGGACGCGAGCGCCGCCGGCGAGGGCCAGCUCGAGAUCUCGAUCAACGAGGGCGAGGUGCCGAACCACGUGCAGGUGGUGGGCGGGGGCCGCUGCCUGGUGUCGUUCACGCCCGAGCAGGCCAAGCCGCACCUGAUCGACAUCAAGUUCAACGGCGAAACGGUGAUCGGCUGCCCGUUCGUGUGCUCCGUGGCGGACACGAGCCGCGUCCUGCUGAACCUCGCCAACCUCGAGCUGAUCCCGGUGAACCGGCCGGCCUCGUUUCACAUCACCGUCAGCGGGGGCGGUGCGGCCGAGCUGGCCGUCAGUGUGCGCGGACCGCAGGGCGAACUUCCGGUGCGCGUGACCGGUGACAUCCACGCCGGAUUCACGGCCGAGUUCACGCCGAACCACGUCGGCGCGCACACGAUCAACGUCGAGUACAACGGGUACCCGGUGCAGGGUACGCCGUUCGUGGCCAAGUCGUACGACGCCACCAAGGUGGCGGUCGGCUCGGUGUCGAAGGGCACCGUCGGCCGGCCGGUACAGUUCACGGUCGAUGCGGGCGACGCCGGCGAGGGCAACCUCGAGAUUACAAUCUCCGCCAAAGGCCACAACAUUCCCACGCAGGUGCACCCGCAGGGAAACGCCAAAUUCGCCGUCUCGUUCGUACCGGCCGAGCCCUGCGAGCACAUCAUCAACGUUUCCUUCAACAAAAUGCUCGUCCCCGGCUGCCCGAUCACCGUCAUCAUCAACGGUGGCACCACCGGGCCCCAGGUGUCCCUCGGUGGCCCGGGGCCGCUGCACAUGCCCAACUCGCUGGUCAUCAACCACGCCGGAGGCCGCCUGGAGGACAUCGAAGUGAAUGUCGAAGGCCCUUCCGGUCACUCGGUGCCGGCGCAGGUCUUACAGACGGCCGACGGUGUGUUUAAGGCCGAGUUUGUGCCGCGUGUCGUCGGCGAGCAUCGGGUCAGCGUCAGCGUCGAGGGACAACCGACCGUCGGCAGUCCGUACUCCGCCAAGGUCUACGACGUUACCGCCAUCAAGGUAAAGAACGUCAACAAUGGAACCGUCGGCAAGCCGGUCGUCUUCUUGGUCGAAACAUCCCAGGCCGGACCGGGCAAUCUAGAGGUUACGGUCAACGGGGGCCGCGUGCCAACGUCGGCCCAGGCGCAGGGUCAACACACUUACGCGAUCAGCUUCACGCCCCGCGAGGCACAGAACCACACGGUCGAGCUGCGCUUCAACGGACAGGACGUACCGGGCAGUCCGUUCACCUGUAAGGUAUCUCCAGCGGCCAGAAUCGUCAGCGGUGACCUCACGGAUAAGGUGAGCGUUGGACAGGUGUUCGACUUUGUCGUCGAGUCCGACAUUGCGCCCGUGGUGGAAGUUCUCGGACCGGCACGACGUCCCGUACGUGCAGAUAUCGUUCCGGCCACACCGUUGGGCUAUCGCGUGAAGUUCGAACCGGUCGAAGUAGGCGACCAUUCGGUGGAGGUACGGCUACCGGGCAGCGGACACGUCGAGGGUAGCCCCUUCCUGCUGAAGGCGUACUCGGCGGAAAAGGUCGUCGUCACGGACAUACGGGCCGGGGUGGUAGGCAAGAGUGUCAGCUUCGGCAUCAACGCCAGCCAGGCGGGGGCCGGCAAUCUGGAGAUCAUCGUCGCCGUUGGGGGCAAGAAUGUGCCAAACUUCGUGCAAUCGGAGGGCAACGCGAGGUUCAAGGUGAACUUCAAACCGACGGAAGCGGCCACGCACUCGCUGUCGGUGCGAUUCAAUGGGUUCCCGGUGCCGGGGUCACCCUUCGCCUGUCACGUCACCCACGCGCCCGUAUCCCUCUCGAAGGCCAUCGCCACGGGCGAUUGUCUACGGCAAGCUCCGGUGAAGUGUGAGAACGUGUUCGAGCUGGAAGGCUUCGAUGGGAUCGACCCGCAGGUGUUGAUCACCUCACCGGCCGGGGACACGGUAGCGUCGCGGGUGAACUAUCGCGACGACAUCCACCUGGUGUCGUUCGUGCCAACCUCGGUCGGUCGGCAUCUCAUCAGCGUCACGGCGAACGAUCAGCACAUCAACGGGUCGCCCUUCUCCUGCAACGUGUUUGACGUCUCGCGAGUUUCCAUCAGCGGACUGGACACACGGAGCACUAUGGCGUCGCUCGGAGUGCCACUGACGUUCAGCGUCGAUGCGGCCGGUGCAGGCGAAGGAACGCUGGAGCUGGUCGUCUCGACCGCCACGAGUACGGUGAAGGCGGAGGUGACGGCGUGCGCCAGAGGCUUGUACGACGUCACGUUCAUCCCGCAGAGCUGCGAGCCACACUUUGUCAACAUCACCUUCAACGACCUGUCCGUCGAUGGUAGCCCGUUCCGGUGCGAAGUGCAGCAGAACACCCAGCACGUGCAGGUUGGCAACUCCACCCUCAUCGAGCUGAUUGCCGAGGAUCAAACGGUGGAAAUCUUCGACCCCGAGAACAAGCUCGUACCGUUCACACUUACGCGGAAGGCAGCCGAGUUUAAGGCGACCAAGAUCGGCCAGUACGUGGUACGGUACAUCGAUCAGGAGACACGAAACUUCAUCGCCGCUCGGACGAUCAACGUCUUUGACCCGUCGAUGGUGAAGAUCGUGGAGGUGGGCGAGGCGUACUGUCACAAACCGGCCUCGAUCGUGGUGAACGCAAACGAAGCGGGCCAAGGUACCCUCACCUCGAUGGUGCGCUGCGGAGGACUGGAGGUACCGCACUCGAUCCGCGGAACAUCGAACAGUGGCAUCUGGGAGAUCGUGUACCAUCCGACGCGUGUCGCACCGCACAAGAUCAUGAUCCUCUACAACCAGGUGCCGAUAUCGAACAAGGCCAUCGAAAUCAACGUUCUUGCGCCGGCUAUGAGCAAGGAGAUCACCGUGAACGGAUUGGGCCUGUAUCAGGCACGGGUUGGGAAGACAACAUCGUUCGCCAUCGAUACCGUCGGUCAUCCGGCGCGCGAGUUCGACGUCGUGGUGUCGGGUCCGGGAGGGCAAGCGUUACCCGUGCGCUGCUACCAAACGAAAGGUGGCCACCUGCAGGCGGAAUUUACCGUGCAGAAAGUUGGUCAAUGUUUGAUUGAUGUCCUCCAUCAAUCGAAACCAUUGAUGGGAAGCCCGUACACAUGCGAGUCGUACGAUCCGACCAAGAUUCAGCUGCAGAAAGUGCCGAAAAUGAACCUAUGCAACAACUCACCCAUUUCCUGGAUCGUUCAAUCGGAAUCAGCUGGUGUGGCGGAAAUCGAAGUGACUGUCCUCUCACCCACGGGACAGAAUGUUCCGGUGAAGCUUACGCAACAGGACGACUAUGAGCAUCAGAUAGAGUUCGUCCCGCAGGCCGCCGGUCACUACAAGGCUUCGAUCAUGUACGGCGGUGAAGCCGUCCCGAACAGCCCGAUAACGUUCGCGGUACAAUCGGUCGGUGGAAAGACGGACAGUCACGCGUCCGGAAACGGGCUCGAGGUGGCCCACCGUGGCAAGGAAACGUCGUUCGUGGUGUUCUGCCCGACGGCACCGAACGUGCAGAUCGAGCGUAGCGACGAGCAGGCGGAACGGAUCGAACCGCGCAUCAAGAACCUUGGCAACAACCAGUGGAAGAUCUUCUACACUAUCCUCACGGUCGGUCGGUAUGAGAUACGGGCGAGCUGUACGAACCGGGGCCCACUGCCGGGCUCUCCGUGGAACAUCUCGUGUCUCGAUCCGGCUAAGGUGACGCCGAUCGGAGGAUGGGGCUCGUUGCUGGAUGGAAGCGGGAAGCUGGUGCUUCCGAGCAAGAUCGUGUUCGACACGAGCAUGGCCGGACCGGGAGAGCUUAUGUGCUACGUGGACGAUGCGGAGGUGAUGGUGGAGAAACAGGCCAAUGGCAAGAGCGUCCUGUUCCUGUCCGACGAUGGGCUGGCGAAGGGCGAGCACAAUUUCGAUCUCACCUGGUCCGGGCUGCCAAUCUCGCAGAGCCCUGGCUUUGUGUACGUGACGGGCAUGUCGGUGGGAUCGGAUAAGGUUGUACUGACGGGGCGCGGGCUCACGACGGCUCAGGUUGGAGAGGUGUCACACUUCACGAUCGACGCAACGGAUGCGCUUUCGGGCAAGCCGGAGGUGCACAUGGCGUACGAGGAUGGUGAACCGUUGCCGGUCACGCUUCUUCAGCCACGUCCGAACGAAUUGAUCUGGUUGGCUUCCUACAAUCCGCACAAAUCCACCGGAGGUCCGCUGAGUCUGGAGGUGGAAUGGAACGGACGGACGAUCAAGGGAUGUCCACUGACGAUAUCGGUCGGACCGGCGGUGGACGCCGCGAAGGUGCUCUGCUCGGGUGAAGGCCUCCGCAACGGUGUCGUGGGACGGGAAAUCAAAUCCUGGAUCGACACCCGCCGGGCUGGUCCGGGUGAGCUGACGGCACACUGUGCAGGACCGCGGAAAGUUGCCUACUGCGAGCUGUACGAUCACGGUGAUGCCACCUUCACGCUCAACGUCAAACCACAGGAACCGGGACGACACACGCUCACGAUCAAGUACGGUGGACAGCACGUUCCCGGAUCGCCGUACACGCUGCGUGUCGUUGGUGCUCCGGAUGCGAGCAAAGUGCGUGUGUACGGCCCGGGAAUCGAGCACGGCGUGUUGGCCACAUUCCAGUCAAGGUUCAUCGUGGACACGCGCGGCGCCGGCGCUGGGCAGCUGACGGUGCGCGUCCGAGGUCCCAAGGGUGCCUUCCGGGUUGAGAUGCAGCGCGAAAGUCAAAAAGAUCGAACCAUUCUCUGCAAGUACGAUCCCACCGAACCAGGUGACUACCGAGUGGAGGUAAAGUGGGCCGGAGAGCUCGUCCCCGGUUCGCCCUUCCCCGUGCUCAUCUUCGACACCCAGGAGGAGUUGAAACGAUUUCUGCACGGAAACUGAGAACCACACGUUGGUGGAGGAAACGAAGCGAACAUUCCCAUUCGCUGCAUAGCAUUACAAUAAGGGAACGCGGAAUGUAGGUUAGCAAACGGAGAGCAAGAAGCAGCACACAGCUAGGUUAAUUAACGUUCGUUGGAUGUUGGAUGUUUGAAACGUGGGCGGAAAGACACCGCCAUCCCCUCGUGCGAUUUCGUUUCGGGGGUAAAGUAGACGACGCGAUUGUUUAUUUUAAUUGUUUAAGUUUUACAACGUGCAUCGAAGAAAACAAACACUACGGGGGGAAAAAGGAAAUAUUGCUAACAUUUAGUGCUACGCUAGUAGGGAACAGGGAACUCAAAAGGUUCAACGUGCGCCUCAUGUUUGAUAUUUGUUCGUUUAACCGUAACCGUAACUCCAACGAGAAUUAAGAAAUUACAAACGAAUACUACCACCAACGAAUACUACCGACCGCCCGGACGGGGUGAUUUUCAAACGUGAUUCCGGUCACCGUACGGUUUGGAUAGUUUCCGUUUCCGUUUAACCCUGCGUUGUUUUGGAAUGGUCGCUAGAUGAUUGUUGAUGUAUAAAGUAAUGGCAUGGAAGUGAAUCGAACAGAUGAAACUAAACGAAAUUGAUUAAUAAACGAAUCUUGUUACAUAA